ACACAAGUGUGGAUUAUAAGCAAUAACAUGAAAGUUAUCUUAAUUAUUGCCAUUCUGUCGCUGGGACAAGCCGCAGAAUUGCCCCAGACCACAGAGACCACAACAACCAAUACGGUGGGAGGGAAGCCCCAGGUUCAGGGCCAGACAGAGCUUCCGGUGCAUAUCCAAAACCUGACAACUAGCCACAUCAAUCAGGUGCUCCAGCAUGUGAAGAACAAGAAUUCCAACACAUUGACCGGAGCUAUAGGUGGAAGUACCUCUGCAGGCAGCUGGAGUGGAAGUGGAAGUGGAAGUUCCUCCGCUGGGAGUUGGAGUCAAAGUGGGAGUAUCAAUGGCGCGCCAGUGGUCAAGCCCUAUCCAGAUCUCCUUCCACCAUUGGCACACUCUGGUGAUGUCCCUCCCCUUGCCAUUGUUGACCGCCCAGCGUCUGCAUCUGCGGUGCAAUCUGGCCUACAGCCGGUGCAAGCUGGCCAUCCACAGGUGAGAACGGUGACCAACCAUCAGGCCAUCGGUACAUUGAUUCAUCAGGGCAGGCCGGUGGUGCAAAAUAAGGUGGUAAUGCCGCCAGUGGGGCUGGUGGUGCACCCGUUGCUCGGUAACCAAGAACCCAUUGAUGUGGCCGAAAAACUGCAAAAGCUACAGCAGCAUGUUGCCAAGGUGAUGCAACAGGCCGAAAAACACAUUCCUUUGGCACUUCAACAAGCCAUACAAAAGAAGAGGGAACAGCAGGCGCAGAGGGAAAAAGAGGAACUGCAAAAGGACAAGGACAACAAUAAGGACAAAGAGGUUGUAGGAGAGCAAAAGGAACAGCAGGACAUUGAACACAACCCUGGUAAAACCGGUCGGGCCUUGGUUAUUCCACCAAAAGUCUCGAAUAUAGUCAACCAGGUCCACGCCCACAUACCCCAGCUGCUGGCCCAUCAUCGCGAGGAAAUCAAGCUGGGAAAAUGCAACUUUGAGUGUCCCCGUCAGGCCCUCAACAUCUGCGCCAGCAAUGGCAAGUGUGUGGUCAAUUUUCCGGGCCAAUGUGAGCUGAGCCAGUGGAAUUGCUUCAACACCAAGAAUGUUUUCCACCAGGUGCACGAUUCAGAGUGCCAAAAUACCAUUACCUGCUAUCAAAAGGAUAUGAUGUAAGGAAAUGCUUCUUGGGGAGAAUAAACA